GGAAACGAUGCUGGCGAAUCCUCUAGUAUAUUCUCUCAAACAGCGAGUUUCACCUCGUAUUGUAUAUUCCUUCAUGCCUGUGGGCUCAUGUAAGUUGGCAUUACUGAUGAACUAUCCGCGGUUGUUCAUUCGAAUUCAAAACUUUUCCGUUGAUGCAAGUUACUGCUGUGUUUCCAUAUUUCGUGGGUGUGUGCUAGAAGUCAUAUUCGUUUGUUAGUAGUGUUGGAAAGAGGUUGAAGUUCGCAAUUUUAAUAUUCGGGAACGCUAAGUAAUUCUAUCAUGAGCUUCAACGCAUCUAAACGGAAUAUUAUUGGACGUCCACCGUCAUCAAGAAUGGAUAUAUCAUCGCAUGUUAGAAGUACAUCUAAUAAAACAGGAAUAGACAGAUGUGUGGGGAGUAAAGAUUCUGCUGCGAGUAAACUCGAAAAUGUACCUCAGAAGAAGACGUCGGGAAUGUCAGCGCCCAGUCGAAUGACAAAACAUGUGAGAAAUCCAAUUCCAAUACGGCAUACAUUGACUAGUAAGCUUCGAAUGGAAAAGGCAAAUCCCCUGCUUACAUCAUGUGGUUCUGGUAUUGGUGAACCUGCUAUCACUGGGACCCCAUCCAGAAGAUCCACAUUUCAUCCGGGUAUGUUACAGCCCAAACAGAAACCAGAGUUCAGAAGCAAAGUUCCGGCUUCAGAAAUUAGACCUACUCUUAAGAACAGAGCUGUUGACAAUGAAAGAAAAACAGUAAGCAUUUUUAAAGAAAAUAAGCCUCCACGUGCAGGAAUAUUUAAUAAAGGCAAUGGGGAAAAUACGAAAUCUGGUAAUGUGAUUCCCAAACAGUCACGGAUUUCAACUGUACAUAAAACCCUACCUUCUUCCCUGCCUAAAAAGAAUAUUUCAUCAUCCACCCAAUAUAGAAGUUCUGCAGGUGCUUCAAAUAAAAAUGUACGACGAUCAACAUGGAUCAAACCUUUGGCUGCUCGCAAUGAUGCUUCAACAGCACUAGUGGCCAAUAAUUCUGUCAAACUAAAACGGUUGACUGAAACUAAAAGACAAGCCAUGGACAAAAAAAAACAUGAAAAGAAUUCAAUUGUCUCGCAUGAUCUGAAUUCUCAGUCAAAGAAAAUCAAUACUCCGGCACAGAAACAACUGAAGUCUAUAUUGCGCAAGAGUGCGUCUGUUGGGGACUUGAGAAAAAUGAACAUGAAAAGUGAAGAUGUUGGUGUCCUUGGUGAAAUAGAAAAUGGGCCAGAAAGCAAAGCUCUGAAUAAAAGUUUUAAAAGUGUAGCAUUUUUUUCUCCUCUGCAUAAUUCCUCUUUCACACCUAUAAAUAUUACGAAUACUCCAACGCCAUCUGUUCUUCGGAAAAGAUUAGAAGACUGGCUUGCCAAAAGGGGAAAAUCAGCUUUUAGUUACCGUCACUUAUGUUGCUUUGGUCUGCCCAAGAAUAUGUCCAUUGUUCCUUCAGAAAUGAACAGUAGCAGAGAUCCUCGGUUCAGUAAAUUUAAGACUGGUGCUAAUGACCAGAAUGAUGCUGAACCUUGCUUAAAUGAAACAAUCACCUUGGAACCAUCAGAUAGUCAGUUGUCACACUCUCAUGAUAAGAAUCAUGACAUAUAUAUUGAGAACAGUGCACCAAAAGACUCAUCAACUCCAGAGCAUGAAUCUGAUUGUUUUGAUGAAAAUAAAGAAAACAAUGCCUAUCUUUCUCAUCCCGAUGCUCUUAAUGAUCUCAGGAAAUUAGUGCAUUCGACACGCCCAACAGUGAAAGAGAUUCCACAGUACUGGGAGUGCCUAGCUGCCUUGGAGGAAGCUCGUGGGGACUUCAGUUCAGCUGUGGAUUGUUAUGGACGAGCAAUUGUGAAAGGUGCCGAUGCAGAUGAUGUUGAUGAACAUUUAGAUGAUCUCUGGGAAAAGUCCAUUAAUAGCAGCGAGGGGUCAUUCCAGAACGUGAAUUACAUAGUCACGCCAGUGAGGCGAAGUAGCCGUAAGUCAACAUCGCGGUUCCGAACAACUCCAACAGUAAAGUGCGUUGAUAAACUGGAAGAUAUAGAACAAAAUAUAAGGGAAACCAUGGAAUUUCAUGGAAAUGCUGUUUUGAACCCAGGAAAUUAACCAAAGAAGAUAUUUUGAAGAAUUGAUGUAUUGAUUUAGUAUUAUUUGAUACAACUGUAGGUAGAUAAAAUGUUUUAUUGAUUUAGUAUUUUUAAAUAGAUUCUUAAUAGGAAACACUCUUCUAGGAAUUUUGAAAUAUUUUAUACCCUGUACAGGAAACUAAUUCUUCAGACAGUAUUUUAUUUGAUGCUUCAGAUUUUGGUGUACUUAAACACAAGGUUCAUGACAUAAAUGGAAGUUCUGAUUGUAUAAGAUUCCACAAAAAUCAUACUUUAAACUGUUAAUCGAGUGUAAUAAAAAUACUUUUUCCCUAGAUCUUUAACAUACUUAACUUUGUAUUAGUGGUUUUUCAAAACUAAGGGCCCCUGCACACAAGCGUUGCUUUGAUGUGCGUUAAGUAAUGCAUGUCAAAGAAUAACACUGCUUCUUGAGCAAAACAGCACAUGAGCAUUUUGGCCAUUCUGCAUAAGAUAGUGAUAAUCUAUAAUGCAUAUUAAUAAUGUUGCAUCAAAGCAACGGUCGUGUGACAGGUUUAAAACAGUAAACUAAUUCUUCGAAUUACUGGCAAAUCUAGAUCUUGGCAUUUUCCUGGGCAUUUCUGGGGGUCCUGUCCAACAGUGUUUUGAGAUUUUUAUGUCAAUGAAUGUACAUAACUUUUGUAUAAAAUUUCUUAUAAUAAAUAUAUUUUAAUGAUAUUUUUGCAUUUGUGUAAAGAGCGAAAUAUUUGAGAUUCCUUUCCG